UACGUAACAAUAUUAGCAUACGAUAUGAUAUCUACUCACAUAUUUGGUCUAUGAUGUUUCAAAAUAUAAUGGUACAAUGCAAAUGAUACACGAUGGCUACUAAGCGAAGCUGUGUACUGCGUCUUUAUCGAGAUUUAAUUCGAGAAAGCAAAAAAUGGAAUUCUUACAAUUACCGGAUGUACGCUUUGCGCAAAAUUCGACAUGAAUUCCAUGAAAACAAGACUUUGAAGGAUAAGGACAUGAUUGAUGAGUGUUACAACAAGGGACAUGAAGCACUUGAAAUUAUUAAAAGACAAGCACUUAUUGGAAACCUUUAUUGUACUAGACCAUUAGUUAUUGAAACAAUGAAGGAUCAAGAUUUAUCACCCUGUAGUGAAAAAUAAAUUUAAAAACUUUAUGUAAAAAAGGCAUUAAUAUUGAGUGUAAGACAAGAAACUGUUAUUUAUUACAACUUAAUUUUUAAUGGAAAUAAUUAUGAUCAGUACAAAUUAAAUAAAUG